UUUUUUUUCCCGUCGCAGCUGCGUCAGAUCGCAAUGAUGGCAAAAAACAAAAUGCCAGCGCAACGUCUCUAUCUCCGGCCCGGUACGUGGUGAUCAUGAAGUUAGGCCAGGAGGGAUGGGGAGGGGAGAGAGGUGCGGCUUUUGGUUUUAAGAAGCAUGAUGUGCCAUAAUGUCACGCUUCUCGCACCUUGUGUUUAUCCCUAUACCAUUUGUCCACUUCGUUCCUCUUUAACUCCUUAAGUUGGCAUUGUUCCAAUUCUCGCAGAGCUGCUCAGUGGGAAGGACGUUACCGCUCCUAUCAUACACAGACAAAAGCCAGAAGCAAAAUGUCACAACACUUGAACAGUAGAGGCCAGACCUCACUGGCUGGUGUUCUUCGACUUAAAGGGACUAUUCAUACCAAAGAAGCAGUGUAUUGCUCUGGAAAACCCUCACCACAGUUCGCUAUCGCCGCUAGUGAGACCUCGAGGUCAUCCACGCCAGUAACAGAUGCCUCAACUUACAAGACAUCGUCUUCGGUCAGCUCGUGGGGCACGGGUUCUGCGUCUCAAGAGAGGGAUGUUGAAGACUGCAGCUAUCCGGAGAGCUGCAAGAAGGAGUUUCGUGACAACAAGUGGGAUGAAGAGAGUGCACCGGUCCGGUCUCGUAGACAGUCGUCGGAGCGCCCGACAUACCCAGUUGCCCUGAGACCGUUGCAUUCGGGGCGUGAUCGGAAGUCGGAAAGCGACUCAGGUCAGGCGAUGGGAGGCUGGGCCAGCUUGCCCCCAUCGUCUCGCGGGGCUAGGGCGGCACUAGGCUCCGAAGCGAGCGAGGACGAAUCCUGUAUGGCUGACGAGGAGGACCAGUAUACCGACGAGUGGAGUGGGGAGGAUGAUAGCUUCGACGCUGCCAUCAUUGCCGCCGUGGAUGGAGACCUAGCACUGGCCGCCUAUCUCAUCCCUCUCCUGCACCAUUCCUUCAGCUCCGCGGUACGGUCCAAGGUUGAAAUGUGGCAGUGUGGAACUUCACCCGAGUCUGGACCUCAGCAUUCGGAUGGUCUGCGACCGGGAUCCUCGGCGAGUGCGAAUCUGUCGCCUACAACUCCACGCAAACGCCGGCGACGAGCGAGCUCUGGCGGCGGUGGUGCUGGCGACGGCGACGGCGAUGAUGACGACGACGAGAGAGAGUUUGGAAACACCAACGGCAACCCAGAGAGUCCCAGCUCGCCCCUCCUGGCGUGUCCUUUCCACAAAUUGAACCCAAUCAAGUAUGGGAUUCAGCACAAUGCCACGACGGCCACUACGAAAAAUGACUACUACAGACCCUGUGCAGGGCCAGGCUUCAAGACCAUCCAGAGGUUAAAGGAACACCUAAAACGCAAACAUACUGUCGUUCAGUGCCAGAGAUGCUACAAGAUCUUUCGAGGCCAAAGCAGGGAGGCGUCAGUCAAGCUAGAAGAGCACUCGAGGACAGACGAGCCAUGUCAAAAAGGUGAUCCCAACCUACGAGAGGGCAUAAGCACAACACAAUGGGCGUCUCUAGACAGGCAAAACCGGAAGAAGCCACAGGAGGCCCACAAACUUGAGAAGUGGUUCGAGAUCUGGACGAUACUGUUCCCAGGCAAAGAGAAGCCCACGACACCAUGGUAUGACGGACUUCCAAUUGACUCAGGUGGUCCUCCGACCAGAGAGAGCGAAGAGUUCGCCUCCAUUUUUGUAAACAUACUCAGCCACAAGGUCCGUCAGGGUGACAUUGCACUGCAGGCGGAUCAGAACACAAUGGAGCGCCUCAGAAACGUGGUGCAGCAGACAUUUCGAACCUGGGCCAGCCUUCGCGACGGCCCUCAGAGCGACGCAUCAUCGAGCCUGACGGGCAGCGGACACCAUUCAUCUUCGCGCGUCGGUGGCUCCUCGACACACUUCUCAGCCCCUUCAGGGAGUGCUUCUCGCCAGCCUACAGCCUCCUCAUUCACGACCAUUUCCGCAUCUGGUCAUGUUAACCCUAUGUCGCAGCCAUCUCCUCGCCAUCAGCAACAACAGUUUCCCAUGCAUCAGCUCAACAUGCAGCCGGCAAACGGCGGGCAGCAGUUUAUUGCAAUGCCCAUCGGUCGACAGGCUAGCUUUUCACCUGCAAUGCCGGCUCACGGCUACGGAAUGCACGUGCCAGAGGACAUGAACUGCCUGCACCUCUACCCGGUGCAGGCUCAGAUGACGCCUGCGCUCUGGACUACUGCGCCAAACAUGCAGUAUCACUUUGCGGGGGCGGUCCCUGCACAUGCUUUCAACGGUGGUGCGACGCAGCAGAUCAAUGGAACCGAGUUUUUCUCUGGGGAUGGCGCAGAGAACUUUGUGCCCGGGAUCGAUGGGGAGUUUGGAAUGCAAUGAGCAGAAAGACGAGUUGUUAUGUUGGUUAUUUCGGGUAGAUCAAGGCGCGACAUGUUUUCUUUGUUCCUGGUCUCGAGUCUUUGCACUGUCAUCUGCUUUGGUAUGGCCUAUAUCCAGCAUCCCAAAUAACCUUGAUUAAGUUGAUGCCUCUGAAUCACAGUCUCCAGGAAGCUGCGUGUCGGUUACUUUGUUUGCAUGGAAAAUAAUACUCGCGAAUACGACAACUGUUUCUGGAUGUGAUCAACUUACUCAGAGAGUAUAAAUACCCACAUGAUGAAAAUCGCUUGCGGCUGCAUCAUGGGGAAGUAUGCACGAGCAAUAGUAAGGAUAAAUGUGCUUUGAAGUGGCCACUGUCGAAAAGGAAAGCCAAAAACAGGCAAGCACAAUGUCUGGCCAACAGUUCAUCGUCGAGCACCUUCGACGGCACAAGGACAUCCCCCUGGUCCGCAAGGCCCGAGGCUUCCACCACCUCCUCAUAACCUCGGAAUGGAAAGUCAUCAACGACAGCAUGACGACACACCCACUCGCCUCGCAACAUCAAACCUGGCGCACCAACAUCCUCACCCACUCCGACCUCGGCACCGCCCUCGACGGCGUGACGUUUACCCACCCCGAAACACGCGCCAAGGUUACCGACAUGCAACGACUGCUAUCUUAUAUGGACGCGCACGUGCGGCUGCUCGGCGCCGCCAUCGCCGACAUGGCACCACCGCCGCUACCACCACCACCUCCUCCUACUCCCCCGAGCACAGCGACGCGCACCGCCCCGGCCGACUGGACGGCGACCGCGGUGCAGGCGACGGUCUACGGCGUGCUGUUCGAGGCGCUGCGGCUGCACAGGGGCGACGGGCCCGGCGGGUCGUGCUUCCAGCUCGCAAACUGCGUCUUUGACAUGUGUUGCGCCAUGCGCAGGGUCGCGAGCCCGGGCUUCGAGACGGGGGUGCCGUUUGCGUUGAACGUCACGCGGAUGGCGCCGCUGGUGGUGAGGUUGGUGGGGUUGUGUUUGGAUAUGCUGCGGGUCAGGUCGCAGGGUGGUGGGGGUUUUCCGGGUAGGUUGUUUGUGGAUUUUGCGGACCAGGUGUUUGGGCGCGAGGAGGCCGUCGUCGAGUAUGAAGAUGAGCCUGGUCGGGCGCAGAGGGAGGAGGCGGCGAGGUCGGGGUACUGAUAGGCAGCAAACCCAAGAAAAAAAAACACGGGAUACGCAAAUGAGCAGUCGGGGGUUUUUACAACGGGCCGCGUCCUGUAUUUGGAGGUAGAUCUUCACAAAGUGCCUAUACCGACCCAAGAUCACACAAGGUAUAUAUAUCCUCAAAAGCGAGAGACGAUGUUCAUGGACCAGCUAAAGCACACCGAAAA